CCUGGUUAUCAAACAUGGCGGGGGUGUGGAUACUGACUGCUACCGUGGUCACAUCGGCUUGCUGGAUACAGGUUAUCAUUGGUUCCUGUCCAACAGGAAAGUUCGGAGACUCCUGCUUCUACUCCUGUCACUGUGGAGACUCCUGUGACCAGACAACAGGAGUUUGUGGAGGUGACUGUGAGUCUGGUUGGAUGGGAGGAAAUGGAUCUAACUGCCAGAAAGAAAACAUUGCGAAAGGAAAAUCAGCGACAACUCCUUCUGGACUCUAUUUACCUUCGUGGUCUGCAGACAAGGUUGUAGAUGGGAACCAGGACCAGGAUUAUUCUCACUUCUCCUGCUUCCACGCUUCCCUGCUAGGACGGCCAAGUGUGUGGACAGUUGACCUGGGACAGCCGUACAGGAUACACGACGUCAGGAUAUACAACCGACGGCAUUGUAUGUAUCAGUUCGGACAAUGUUAUUUGAUUUAUUGGGAUAUUGGUGGAAGCGUCACAAAACAUGUUAGUUCAUGCUGAUCAAAAAUAACCACCGGGCAGGAUGUAUGUAUGUGAUAUAUUUGGACUGUAGAGAGGUUUCAUGUACUGACAUGUAUAUUUAGGUAAACAUAUUUACAGAACAGAACUCCAGACCCAUAUAUGCAAGAUGCAAUGAAGAUACUCUAUUUCAUAACACCUGCAUCAGGAUAUCGUAGCAAAUGUAGAUUUCAUAUGUGGUAAUUUGGUGAGUGGUUGUUUGGUUUGCAAAUAUUUCGAUCAUCUUCAUGGCAUGAUAAAGCGACUACUUCGUUUUUGGUAUUUUUGUUCAAUAUCAUUUUCAACAUUUAAUACAUAUUAUUAGUUAUGGUGUCUUUAGUUGGCGUAUACGGUGUCAUAUUU